AUGGUAGCUACUGUAACGGCGCAGGCAAGACUACUCGGGUCAGUAUCGGCAAUAGUGUCACUCAGAGGCACAUGGGAGUGCAUGGAACAGCAGAAGAACCUUGAUUCAAAUGGAUACCUACAGGCCUACAGUUGUGUAUACAGGAGUACCAGAUGA